AUGGAACCUGAACAACCACCACUGCGCCGGUCAACUAGGAUCCAUAAGCCUAACCGUGCCAUGUUGGAGCAUCUGGCUGCUCACUGCGCCGGCUUGGACCCAUCUAAAAUAGUUGUCUUUGCUGAUCAGAUGAAUGAAGUUAUCCUGUCUGUCUUUGCGACUGCCACAGACAACAAAGCUGCUAUAGAAGGUGACAUCGAAGACUCCGCUCCGAUUAAUAACAAGUUGACACCGCGUGACGUCGGCUAUAUACCCAAUGGAUGGGUUGACGCUAUGAACUACGUUGAACGCGAGAAGUGGUUGAUAGCUGCGCACAUUGAAUUGAAAGCGUACAUCAAGAACGGCACCUAG